AUGUCCCAAACAAUCAAACGAUCCCUCUCAUCUUCCCCAACCCCAUCCCCAUCCCCGUCUCCUCCGAUUACCCCCAAGAAACCCAAAGCCAAAAAUGGAAUUAACACCACUUCUACUCCCAAGCAGUCACCCAGCACCAAGUCAACCGCUCAAUCAAGCUGGACUAACGAGAGGAAAAGCGCACUCGUCAAGCGAUUGGUCGAGACAGGGUAUAAGAACAUGGAUUGGAAAUCGCUCGCUGAAGAGACACAAAUGACAGAAGAACAAUGUAAGAAUCAAUUGACACCUGGUAGGAGUAACCUGAGAAGGACCAUUCUGGAGAUCUUUAAAUGA